AUGAAGAAAGGAAACUCUGUGGUUUUUCCAGAUGAUGAAGAAAAAAUAUGGCUAAAGUUGAAAUGGGCAAUGGGAUAUAUCAAUGAGUUCAAGGCUAUGGUAACAGAUGUCAUGCUUAAGAAAUCCAAACUGGGUAAAACCAUCAGGAUAUAUAGCAAAUUAAACACUGAUGCUACCUGGAAGAUGGAGGAGAAGGAGAUGCUGGAUCGCGCACGGGAUAUUCAACAAUAUUGGCGCGAGCGCAUUCAUUCAUCCACAGCAUCACGAGCAUAA